AACAUGGCAGAAUGAUGACGUUCGUUUUUAAUAAUUGGAUCAACCGCCGUCAAUUGACAGCUGUCUGUUUCACUGACGAAAACCAGAUCCAAAUAUCUGUUGUUUUGAUUCGGAAGAUCACAAACUUGAUAUAUGCCGGCUGUCAAGAGUGCGUGAAUAAUCGUGGACUCAGAUUCCGAACUAUGUUCAGAUUAAAAUCUCCAAGCACGACAAGUGAAUCAUCUUUCGUAACGGAUUUGCUGGUUUCGAUUACAAAGGAGCUACUGCAUAUUCUUCUGCUCGAAAACGAGAGUGAACGGCAAUCAGCACUCCGCCGCCCGACAGCUUCGAACUAUUCGUUUGGUUUCUAUCGCAGCGAAACACAUCAAAACAGGACGGGAACAGCAUACUGCUGGGAAUAUUUUCAUCGAGGCAUCUGCUGGGUACGUGAUAACACUUCAUUUCUGCUAAUGGGAGUGGUGCGGGAGACAAUUUAAAGGCGUACGGGAAGAUCUGUGUUCGAGAUUGUGUUCGGUUUGCGGAUUACAAUUCGGAUUGAUCAUUGUCUUGGUUGCAUGCUGGCAAGCGGUGUGAGAAAUCUAUCUCGAUCGGACUCCUCUGCAGUGUCCGUUCGAAAUGGUUGUGUAUCAGCAUUAUUUAUAAACUCACGGAAAUAAAUGCCUUUUUGCCAGCUCGAGGGCUGUAACGCUUUUUCUUUGAAACGCAUAUCUAUUCCCACCUUGAAAGACACAAAUGUCAUUCGG